AUUUAAUUCAUGUUUUAGUGCCUUUAGUGGAAGUAGUGGAACGGUGGAUAUCUCCCAUAGAGAAAUGAAUAUCUCCUCAUGAUUUUCAGAAGGCCGUUGAGGGAUGAAUCUGGGGAAAAUGGAUGUUUUUGAAUUCAAGGAUGCAAAAUGUAAUCCUGAUAUUAUCCAUCCAUAUACACAGAAUUUGAAAAAUAAUUCGGUUCCCAUUGUAAUUGAUAAUGGUUCUUAUAUGUCCAGAGCAGGGUGGUCAACUAGUGAAGCACCUGUUUUACAAUUCAAAAAUAUAAUAGCAAAGCCUCGAAAAGAGAGGUCCAAGAAGGACACUAUAGAGCCAAUACAGAUUCCACAACUACAAGUUGGAAAUGAUAUUCUGAAUAUUGAGGCAGUACGAUUUCAACUGAAAACACAAUUUGAUCGUAAUGUAGUUACUCAUUUUGAAGCUCAAGAACAUCUGUUUGAUUACACAUUCACACAUCUAGGAAUAGAUACUGAAAAUUCUGUGAAUCAUCCACUAUUUCUAACAGAAGCGUUUUUGAAUCCAAAUACUUCCAGACAGUUAAUGUCUGAACUGUUAUUUGAAUGCUAUGGAAUACCAGGAGUAGUGUAUGGAAUUGAUUCCCUAUUAUCCUAUCAUUAUACACAAGCUAAGCCAUUAGAAAAUGCCCUGAUUAUAAACCUGGGCUACCAGACAUGCCAUGUCAUUCCUGUUCUUGGGAAUAAGACUGUUUUUGAGAAUACCAGGAGACUUAAUAUAGGGGGAUGGAAUGUCAUUACUUUUCUACAUAGAAUAUUACAGCUGAAAUAUCCUGCACAUGCAGCAGCUGUUACAUUGAGUAGAGCUGAAGAAUUGCUGCACACAAUUUGUGUCAUAGCUUCAGAUUAUAAGGAAGAGAUGAAGAGGUGGACUGACAAUGAAUAUUAUGAAAAGCAUAUUAAGAAAAUCCAGUUACCCUUCAGUUCAGCAAGUACCAGUUCUGCAUUAACAUUAGAACAACAAAAGGAAAGAAAACGUGAGCUUGCCAGGAGAUUAACAGAAAUCAACGCUCGCAAAAGGGAAGAAAGGUUAGCUGAAGAUCAAGAAAAAUUGAGACAAUUAUUGGAAAUUCAAGAGAUUAUUGAUUUUGGUGCAGAUAAAGAUGAAGUAGACAAUAUUCUAGCUGAGUAUCAACUGAGGAAUGUGAAUGAUUUACAAAAAAGUAUACUGAAUCUAAAUAUGAAAAUUGAGAAAAUUAAACAGAAAAUAACUGCUGCCAAUAAUACUGAAGAUCUGGAAGAGCCCCCUGUGAAGCAAGCUAAAUUAUCCAAAAUGGUGUUUGAGAAUGAAAGUGCAUUACAUUCAUUUUUAGACAACAUUAAAAAAAUGAAACAAGACAUUCUAAACAAAAAACUCAUGAGGAAGCAGAGGAAACAAGACAUUUUCAAAAGAAGAACAGCAGCUGGUCAAGAACGCAUGAGAAUUAUUUCUCAAUUAGCAAGAAAAGAGAAAGGAAAUGAUGAUUUUGGAAUGAGAGAUGAAGACUGGGAUAUUUACAAGACUAUCAGCAAAGAUGGUGGAGAUUCCGAUAGCGAUGUUGAAAAUGAGAAGCUCUUGGAGUUCGAGGAAAUCUUGCGUACUCACGAUCCCCAGGAGUUCGACGAACAUGCCAAUCUGGGAGAGUUGCAUCAACUACACGUCGGCAUAGAGAGGUAUCGAGCACCCGAGUUGAUCUUCAAGCCGUACAUGUCGGGCUCCCCAGAAGCUGGCCUGUCCGAAGUUAUAGGUUAUGUUUUGUCGUUGUUCGGCGAUGAAGACCAGCUGAAAUUGGCGGCGAACGUUGUGGUCACGGGGGGUUUGGCUAAUUUGAAGGGGCUCAGGGAGCGGUUGUUGGUCGACCUCAUUUCUAUAAGGCCGUUUCGAUCCGAGAUUUCGACCAUGGCUUGUGCGGACGCUGUUCUGAAAUUUCUCCAAGAACACAAUCGACCUUUUUCCAACAACGAUAUCCAAAGUGGGGUUAAGGGUUCUGGUGAUUUUGGGAAAGCAGCUGUUCAGAAAUCUCUAGAUGUCUUGGUUAGGCAUGACAAAGUCAAAGAAAAAGUGUAUGGAAAGCAGAAGGUAUAUUGUAUAAUACAAAAACAUGAUGCAUCUGGAAGUAAAUUGCGGGAACAACUGCUGGAAAUGGAUAGACAAGUCAAUGAUAUAACAUUGAAGAUGAACGAAGUUAACGAAAAACUCAAGAGCAAAUCGCAGUUAGUUAAAAAUAUGAAAGGAAAAAUGACAUUGACUGAAGCUAUUCAACAGAACGUGGAGCUUGAUGGUGAACUGGAAUCAAUCAAGCAACAACUGUUGAAAUAUCAUGGAACCCAAACUAUUUCCCCCACGAAGAAGUUGGAAGUGGAAAAAGAGUUUGAAAAAUAUUUGAGUCAUUACAAAAAACGUAAGCGCAUGUGCAUGGAUAUAUUAAACUCUAUUUUGGAAAAUUAUCCCAAAACAAAGAAACAGUUGUUUGAAGAUAUUGGAGUGGAAACUGACGAAGAUGUUGGGUUUUCUAUUGAGAAGCUGUAGCUAUCUUUAAGUUAAUAUUUAUAGUUGAUCAUUUCGAAAUAUAUUAUUUUCAUUGAUUUACUUACUCUACUAAUGAUAAUACCAGCAAUCGAUAUCCUGAUCUUGGGUCCUUUCAGUAGUUUAUACCUUAGAUCCACUCCGUUCCAGAAAGACACGAAAUAUCUCUUUAUUUGGAUGUUGUCACCACCAUGUAAUCGGUAUCCAUCAUAAUCGACAAUAACCAAAAUUUCCGGAUAAAUUGUGUAUGGAGCUUCUCGUUUGUUCCGUGACUUUUCUAAGGCUUGUGCACUUCGUUUAUAUCUUUUCGCUAAGUGAUCUGGUUCCAUG